AUGAACAGCAAUAAAUGCAAGAAGAUGAAUAGAAAAUCUAAACGAGGAAAAUGGUGCAGGGCCAUCCCACGACAAAGUGGUCAUGCCCUGGAAACAGCUCUCAAGUUAUUUGAAAAACAAACAGAUAUUGAUACUAUGAGAGAGGAGAAGCUGAGAAGUGAAAAACUAACAAAAAAUGCUUUAAAACAACAAAGUGCUUUAAAACAAAAAGCGAAGGCGCAUUUUUUAACGCCGCUCGGAGGAAAAGAGCCGUUCCGGCCACUAGAACCCGAAUUGCUCGAGAGGGCAAAAGUGUUAUUGUUGCGACAGAGUCAAGAGUGCUUCAGGAAAGAGAAAAAGGCCACAGAAGGCCAUAGACCCCUCGACCGGAGUAGGAGGCUCAAACGACUAGACGUCACCCUGGGCGACGGGCUGCUAAGACCGAGACCUCAGGCAGCCGGUCAUAUUAGAUGCAAGAGACGAUGUCGUAAAGCUAAUAGUGAUGUGCAAAUUAAAUCACGGCAACCAUGCGACCGUGAUGAACGAGAUCAGAAGAAGAUUCUGGGUCCUGGGCCUGAGAUCUGCGGUACGAGCGAUAACCCACCAGUGCCAAUGGUGCCGAGUGCACAAGGGCACCCCGAAGACCCCACCCACAGGGAACCUACCGCGAGAGAGGCUUCGAUAUGGCGAGCCACCCUUUACCUGCACCGCGAAGUGCGAAAAUGUCUGGCUCAUAUACCGACGGACUUGGUACGAAGAGAAGAGACAGCGACGAAUCAUCAAGUUAUUAUUGAAGAAGAGAUCUUGGAGAAACACAGGCGAUAUAAGAAGCGGCGUGUCACCCAAACCGAUGAGGAGGUUAUUCCAACGUUCCGACCGGAUGAAAAAUCUGGCAACGUCAAGGGAUGGUUGCAUAAGAUCGACCAAUUGGGCGACGUGUACGGAUGGAACAACAAAGAUCGACAGUUCAUCAUGCAGAUACGUCUUCGAGGGUCGGCUAGAGACUGGUAUGAAGAUCUGGAAGACUAUGAUCUCAUAUGGACGGAGUGGAAGGACGCUUUAGAGACCGCUCCGACUAAGUCCAGGCAGGAGGCCGUUGAGGCCUUCAAAAAUAGCAUCUCUUUCAGAGAUUGCACCUAUGCUCCAGCAGUGGUCUCACCGGUCUCCAACAAUAAAAUCAGGGUAGAGUUUGACACCCAGGCGCAUGACGACGCCUUUACUAAACUUCGCAGCAAACCAGACGCGCCAGUGACAGCCGAACCAGCAAGGAAGCUCAAACCUAUGAUCUUGCUGAAGAGAAUCAGCUCCGACAUGGCACCGGAAGAUCCUACGCCAAAACCCGCAACUUCACACAUACACUGA